GUGAGUCCAGUUCAAAUCUGAUUGUGAUGACGUCAGUGCCUCACCAGCCAUGAACUUCACCGCACGUCACUGAGUCCUUUCAGACCUGAACCCACGAGAAGACGUCCAUCAAGCUGCACAAGUUAUCCCAACUACUCUCACACAUCAGCGAUGGCUGAACAUCAGGUAGGAGAUAACAGCAGCAGAAUGAGUCCAUCAGCAGAGAAAGAGACCUGCAAAAACCCAGAUAGACUUUAUUAUGAGGGUGAGGAGAGUAUCAUCGGGGAACAGCUGGAUCAACAUCGGUCUAGCCGCACUGGAGAAAAACCCCACUCCUGUGACCAGUGUGAGAAGAGCUUUAGAUGGUCCAGCCAUUUGAAGCGCCACCAGCGAACCCACACUGGAGAAAAACCCCACUCCUGUGACCAGUGUGAGAAGAGCUUUAGAUGGUCCAGCCAUUUGAAGCGCCACCAGCGAACCCACACUGGAGAAAAACCCCACUCCUGUGACCAGUGUGAGAAGAGCUUUAGCUUGUCCAGCCAUUUGAAGCGCCACCAGCGAACCCACACUGGAGAAAAACCCCACUCCUGUGACCAGUGUGAGAAGAGCUUUAGAUGGUCCAGCCAUUUGAAGUGCCACCAGCGAACCCACACUGGAGAAAAACCCCACUCCUGUGACCAGUGUGAGAAGAGCUUUAGAUGGUCCAGCCAUUUGAAGCGCCACCAGCGAACCCACACUGGAGAAAAACCCCACUCCUGUGACCAGUGUGAGAAGAGCUUUAGAUGGUCCAGCCAUUUGAAGUGCCACCAGCGAACCCACACUGGAGAAAAACCCCACUCCUGUGACCAGUGUGAGAAGAGCUUUAGCCGGUCCAGCCAUUUGAAGCGCCACCAGCGAACCCACACUGGAGAAAAACCCCACUCCUGUGACCAGUGUGAGAAGAGCUUUAGCCAGUCCAGCCAUUUGAAGCACCACAAGCGAACCCACACUGGAGAAAAACCCCACUCCUGUGACCAGUGUGAGAAAAGCUUUAGCUUGUCCAGCCAUUUGAAGCGCCACCAGCGAACCCACACUGGAGAAAAACCCCACUCCUGUGACCAGUGUGAGAAGAGCUUUAGCCGGUCCAGCCAUUUGAAGCACCACAAGCGAACCCACACUGGAGAAAAACCCCACUCCUGUGACCAGUGUGAGAAGAGCUUUAGCCGGUCCAGCCAUUUGAAGCACCACAAGCGAACCCACACUGGAGAAAAACCCCACUCCUGUGACCAGUGUGAGAAGAGCUUUAGCCGGUCCAGCCAUUUGAAGCACCACAAGCGAACCCACACUGGAGAAAAACCCCACUCCUGUGACCAGUGUGAGAAAAGCUUUAGCUUGUCCAGCCAUUUGAAGCGCCACCAGCGAACCCACACUGGAGAAAAACCCCACUCCUGUGACCAGUGUGAGAAGAGCUUUAGCCAGGCAGGCAAUUUGAAGUGCCACCAGCGAACCCACACUGGAGAAAAACCCCACUCCUGUGACCAGUGUGAGAAGAGCUUUAGCCAGGCAGGCAAUUUGAAGUGCCACCAGCGAACCCACACUGGAGAAAAACCCCACUCCUGUGACCAGUGUGAGAAGAGCUUUAGCCAGGCAGGCAAUUUGAAGCGCCACCAGCGAACCCACACUGGAGAAAAACCCCACUCCUGUGACCAGUGUGAGAAGAGCUUUAGCUUGUCCAGCCAUUUGAAGCACCACCAGCGAACCCACACUUGA